GAGAGCAGACAGGACUUCUCUCUGCCCGGCCAGCAUCACGGUCACUGCAGCCCACCCUGCCCGCGGCCCUUGCUCCAUGGUGGCACGAAGGCCGGUGACAUGAGGCUGCCCCGCGCUCUGCUGCCCCUGCUGCUGCAGGCCUGCUGGGCCUCCGCGCAGGACGACCCCGUGGCCUCGAGGGCCAUCGCCUUCCAGGACUGCCCUGUGGACCUAUUCUUUGUGCUGGACACCUCCGAGAGCGUGGCCUUGAGGCUGAAGCCCUAUGGGGCCCUGGUGGACAAGGUCAAGUCCUUCACCAAGCGCUUCAUUGACAACCUGAAGGACAGGUACUACCGCUGUGACCGCAACCUGGUGUGGAAUGCGGGCGCGCUGCACUAUAGCGACGAGGUGGAGAUCAUCCGCGGGCUCACGCGCAUGCCUAGCGGCCGCGACGCACUCAAGAGCAGCGUGGACGCCGUCAAGUACUUCGGCAAGGGCACCUACACCGACUGCGCCAUCAAGAAGGGUCUGGAAGAGCUGCUCGUGGGGGGCUCCCACCUGAAGGAGAAUAAGUACCUGGUCGUGGUGACUGACGGGCACCCCCUGGAGGGCUACAAGGAGCCCUGCGGGGGCCUGGAGGACGCUGUGAAUGAGGCCAAGCAUCUGGGCAUCAAAGUCUUCUCCGUGGCCAUCACGCCUGACCACCUGGAGCCACGUCUGAGCAUCAUCGCCACGGACCACACGUACCGGCGCAACUUCACAGCAGCUGACUGGGGGCAGAGCCGCGACGCAGAGGAAGUCAUCAGCCAGACCAUCGACACCAUCACGGAUAUGAUCAAAAAUAAUGUGGAGCAAGUGUGCUGCUCUUUCGAGUGCCAGCCUGCCAGAGGACCCCCUGGGCCUCGAGGCGACCCCGGGUACGAGGGAGAAAGAGGGAAGCCCGGGCUCCCUGGAGAGAAAGGAGAAGCUGGAGACCCUGGAAGACCUGGGGACCUUGGACCCGUCGGCUACCAGGGCAUGAAGGGAGAAAAAGGGAGCCGAGGAGAGAAGGGCUCCAGGGGACCCAAAGGCUACAAGGGCGAGAAGGGAAAGCGUGGCAUGGAUGGCGUGGAUGGCAUGAAGGGGGAGUCAGGGUACCCUGGCCUGCCAGGCUGCAAGGGCUCGCCCGGAUUCGACGGUGUCCAAGGACCCCCCGGGCCCAAGGGUGAUGCAGGUGCCUUCGGACUGAAAGGAGAGAAGGGUGAGCCCGGAGCAGACGGGGAGCCUGGGAGGCCAGGGAGCACGGGGCCCCCUGGAGAUGAGGGUGAGCCCGGAGAGCCCGGUCCCCCAGGAGAGAAGGGAGAAGCCGGCGAUGAGGGAAAUGCAGGACCAGACGGAGCCCCCGGAGAAAGGGGCGGUCCUGGGGAAAGAGGACCUCGAGGGACCCCAGGUGCGCGGGGCCCAAGAGGAGACCCGGGUGAAGCUGGACCCCAAGGUGACCAGGGACGAGAAGGCCCCGUCGGUGUCCCCGGUGACCCGGGCGAGGCUGGCCCCAUUGGGCCAAAAGGAUACCGAGGUGAUGAGGGACCCCCAGGGACCGAGGGUCCCAGAGGAGCUCCAGGGCCUGCAGGCCCCCCUGGAGACCCCGGGCUGAUGGGUGAGAGGGGUGAAGACGGCCCCCCCGGGAAUGGCACCGAAGGCUUCCCCGGCUUUCCCGGCUAUCCAGGCAGCAGAGGUCCUCCUGGGAUAAAUGGCACCAAAGGCUACCCUGGCCUCAAGGGGGACGAGGGAGAAGCCGGGGACCCCGGAGAUGACAAUAAUGACAUUGCUCCACGAGGUGCCAAAGGAGCAAAGGGCUACCGAGGUCCCGAAGGCCCCCAGGGACCCCCAGGACACGUGGGACCUCCGGGGCCAGACGAAUGCGAGAUUUUGGACAUCAUCAUGAAAAUGUGCUCUUGCUGUGAGUGCAAGUGUGGGCCCAUCGAUAUCCUCUUCGUGCUGGACAGCUCUGAGAGCAUCGGCCUACAGAACUUCGAGAUCGCCAAGGACUUCAUCGUCAAGGUCAUUGACCGACUGAGCAGGGAUGAGCUGGUCAAGUUUGAGCCUGGGCAGUCGCAUGCAGGCGUGGUGCAGUAUAGCCACAACCAGAUGCAGGAGCACGUGGACCUGAGGGACCCCAACAUCAGGAAUGCCCAGGACCUCAAGGAGGCCAUCAAGAAGCUGCAGUGGAUGGGCGGGGGCACCUUCACGGGCGAGGCCCUGCAGUACACCCGGAGCCGGCUGCUGCCGCCCACCCAGAACAACCGCAUCGCCCUGGUCAUCACCGACGGCCGCUCGGACACCCAGAGGGACACCACCCCACUCAGCGUGCUCUGCGGCCCUGACAUCCAGGUGGUCUCUGUGGGCAUCAAGGAUGUCUUUGGCUUGGCUGCGGGCUCCGACCAGCUCAAUGUCAUCUCCUGCCAAGGCCUGGCACCCCAGGGACGGCCGGGCAUCUCACUGGUCAAGGAAAACUACGCCGAGCUACUGGACGACGGCUUCCUGAAGAACAUCACCGCCCAGAUCUGCAUAGACAAGAAAUGUCCAGAUUACACCUGCCCAAUCACCUUCUCCUCCCCGGCUGACAUCACCAUCCUCCUGGACGGCUCCGCCAGCGUGGGCAGCCACAACUUUGACAUCACCAAACGCUUUGCCAAGCGGCUGGCAGAGCGCUUCCUGACAGCGAGCCGGACAGACCCGGGCCAGGACGUGCGCGUGGCAGUGGUGCAGUACAGUGGCACGGGGCAGCAGCGGCCGGAGCGCGCGGCCCUGCAGUUCCUACAGAACUACACUGUGCUGGCCAACACCGUGGACUCCAUGGGCUUCUUCAACGACGCCACCGACGUCAUGGACGCCCUGGGCUACGUGACCCGCUUCUACCGCGAGGCCUCACCCGGCGCCGCCAAGAAGAGGCUGCUGCUCUUCUCGGAUGGCAACUCGCAGGGCGCCACGCCAGCUGCCAUCGAGAAGGCGGUGCAGGAGGCCCAGCGGGCGGGCGUGGAGAUCUUCGCGGUGGUGGUGGGCCGCCAGGUGAACGAGCCCCACGUGCGUGUCCUGGUCACGGGCAAGGCAGCUGAGUAUGACGUGGCCUUUGGCGAGCGCCACCUGUUCCGCGUGCCCAGCUACCAGGCGCUGCUGCGGGGCGUCUUCUACCAGACGGUGUCCAGGAAGGUGGCGCUGGACUAGUGGCCUGGCCCCUGCCACCGAGACAGAGGCAAGAGAGGACCCAACAUUCCUGACCAACCCGACUAGCUAGGAUUUUUUAAAGGGAAAGCUUGAAAAGCCGUGAUUCGAUGCUCUAUGCUUUGCCCACCCCCCAACCCCCAGAGCAGAGUAUCGGUGCUGGGGAUCUGCUGGCCCCCUCCUGCCGCCUGCCUGAACCUGCACCCAAAGUGCCCUCCUCUUGCUGCCUGUCCAUGUCCCCUCUCCCCAGUCAGAGCCCCGGCACCUGGUUCUCUGUCCUUUCUAGGGUCAGCUGUUGCUGCCUUCCCUCCCCACCCCCCCCCCCCACCAACACCCAGAGCUUGGCUCCCCUCUGAUCCUAGAGUCCUUCAGGAAACCCUCGCUCACCCCAAAGUCAGGUCUCCCAGGGAACUGGCACGGGAGCGUGAGCCCUGGAGAGCUGACCCCCCUCACGAGGUUCUUGUCACUCACGCCUGCCAGCAGAAACCACGACUCCUCCUUGAUGGCAAAGCCCAGACCGCAAACCCCAGAGCGAAGGUGCUAUCCUGCCCCACCCCACCCCAGGACCAGAGGCCUGGCCGCACCCCCUGGGGCACAGUGAGGCAUUCAAUCAGAAACAAGCCGAAGUCCUUUCCCCUCAAGGAAGUGAUUGGUUCCACAUUUUAUUGAAGAUUUUCUUGGUUCUUUAGUUUUACUUUUACUCCUUUCUGUGUUUUUUCUCAACUGUGUUCAUGUGGGCGACUUUUCCAAAUAAAGGUUUUCACCCUCC